AGCACCGAGGGCGAGGCCAACGGUACCCAGACUGCGCCGCCGUCCCGGGCCUCAUCACCAACUCCGUCACAGACCGGAUCCUCUGUUGCCACUCCGGCGGCCAAGAAGUCCCCAACAGGAGCCUACGCCGCAGGAGGGGCGAUGACGCCCUCCAACCUGACGCGCACCAACAGCGAGUCGGUGUCCAACCUGUCGGACGCGGGCUCGGUGAAGAAGGGCGAACGUGAGCUAAAAAUUGGAGACCGUGUGUUGGUGGGCGGGACCAAAGCAGGGGUGGUGCGCUUCCUGGGCGAGACGGACUUUGCCAAGGGGGAGUGGUGUGGGGUGGAGCUAGACGAGCCCCUGGGGAAGAACGAUGGAGCUGUGGCUGGAACCAGGUACUUCCAGUGCCAGCCCAGGUAUGGGCUGUUUGCGCCUGUGCACAAGGUGACGCGCAUUGGCUUCCCGUCCACCACGCCAGCCAAGGCCAAGGCCACGGCGGCACGGAAGGUGGUGACCACGCCCUCUGGCCUGAAGCGGAGUCCCAGCGCCUCCUCCAUCAGCUCCAUGAGCUCAGUGGCCUCGUCAGUCAGCGGCAAGCCCAGCCGCACCGGCCUGCUGACGGAGACGUCGUCGCGGUACUCGCGUAAGAUCUCUGGCACGACGGCACUGCAGGAGGCCCUGAAGGAGAAGCAGCAGCACAUUGAGCAACUCAUGGCCGAGAGGGACUUGGAGCGUGCCGAGGUCGCCAAGGCCACCAGCCACGUGGGCGAGGUGGAGCAGGAGCUGUCAAUGCUCAGGGAAGGUCAGGAGCAGUAUGUCAUGGAGAGUGAGGCCAAGAUGGACAAUCUGCGUACGCUGGUGGAGGCCGCGGACAAAGAUAAGGUGGAGCUGCUGAAUCAGCUGGAGGAGGAGAAGAGGAGGGUGGAGGACCUGCAGUUUCGUGUGGAAGAAGCUUGCAUCACCAAGGGAGACCUGGAGACGCAGACCAGGCUGGAGCAUGCCCUUCUUAAGGAGCUAGAGCAGAGUCUGCUCUUUGAAAAGGCCAAAGCUGACAAACUCCAGAGGGAGUUAGAAGACUCUAGGGUGGUCACCGUGUCUGAGCGGUCCCGGAUCAUGGAACUGGAGAGGGAUCUCGCCCUACGGGACAAAGAGGUGGCCGCCCUCCGCCAGCACCUCGAGUCUGCCUCGGGCGACGGCUCUGGUACCGACCCAGCCGCCGCGGUGCUCCUUGAGGAAGUGGCCUCCCUCCGCGCCCAGCUGUCCUCUCAGGGCGCCGGGCACCAGGCAGCGCUGCAGGACCUCCGCGACCGGCUGGAGGCGGCAGAGCGGGCGCACGGCGAGGCCCUGGCCCAGCUGCAGGCGUCCUCCAGCCGCCUGAGCAAGGACAACGAGCAGCUGCGGGCACGCCUGGCCCAGGCCGAGCAGGAGAACGCCGACGUCAUCGAGCUGUGGCGCUCCAAGCUCACCGCGGCCAUGGCCUCCCACCAGCAGGCCAUGGAGGAGCUGCGGGCCGCCUCGGAGAAGGGGGCUGGCGGGGCCCAGGCGGGCGAGCUGGUGGAGCUGCGUGGGGCCUUGGAGAGGCUGAAGGUGGAGCACAAGCUGGCGCUGGAAGAGGCCGGCGCCCGGAGAGAGGCAGAGGCCGCGGCGCAGACCCGGCAGGGCGACGAGCUGAAGGCGCAGCUGCUGAGCUUGGCCGAGGAGAAGGAGCGUCUGGAAGACUCGCUGCGCACCAGCGUGGAGAGCACCGAGGAGCAGCACCUGGUGGAGAUGGAGGAGCAGCUGGGCAAGCUGCACGCAGCCGAGCUCAGGGUAAAGGAGCUGGAGGAGGGGGGGGCUGAUUUAGGGCAGCAGGCAGAGGUGAAGGCCAAGGAGGCCCAGGAGCUGGCAGCCAGUCUCGAGUCGCUGCGCUCUCAGCAGACGCAAGGUAACGAGGACAUGCAGGGCCUCAGAGCCCGCCUGGAGGAAGCCGAGGGCAAGGCGCAUUCUCAGGAGGGCAAGAUGAGUGAGCUGAGCUCUCAGCUGGAAGGCCGGCAGCAGGAGCUGGCGAGUCUGCAGCAGGAGAAGGGCUCCCUGGAGCAAGAGCUCAGCAGCGUGAAAAAAAAGCUUGUGGAAACUUCCGGCGAACAGGCUGAAUCAGCACAAACUAUGCAAGAGUUACAGGAGAAGCUGAGCAGUAAAGAGGAGCUGUGCACAUCUCUCUCCACUGAGUCAGAAGCACUUCAAUCCCAAGUUGCUGGGCUGGAGAGGAAGCUGAAGGCUGGCGAGGAGAAGCUGGACCAGCUGAACAAGGGCAAGGCAAAACUGGAAAAUGACUUCAGUGACAUGAUAAAAUCAUCUGGGGACAGUUCUGUCCAGCUGACAAAAAUGAAUGAGGAUCUCAAUCAGAAGGAGAGGCGGCUGGAGGAGUUGCAGACCCAGCUGGCAGAGCAGAGGGAGCGGGUGGCCCGGUCUGAGGAGAGCAGGAGACAGGAGCAGAACAGAGCCGAGCAGGAGCUCACAGACACCAAGGAGAAGGUCCAGGGAGAGGUGUCCAGCCUUCAGGAGAAAAUCACUCAGCUGGAGAAGAAAGUGCAGAAAGCUCAAUCCAAGGCCCAAGGGGCUAAGGCCUCCGGAGAAGAGGCUCUGUCUAAAGCCUCUGAGCUCCAUGCUAAGGAGCUGGAGGAGCUUCGUGCCCAGGCGGAGGUCACAAAGAAAGACCUCAGCGACUCUGCCAAUAAGAGCAAACAGCUGGAGGAGCAGGUGAAGGAGCUGCUAGUCUACAAGGACAAGGCACAGUCUCUCAAUGCUGACUUGACCUCCUCCAAGCAGGAGGCCGAACGGCUCUCUGCAGAGCUUGUAAAUAUCAAGGCUGCAUCUGAGCACCUAACAACGGAGAGUAAUGAUUUGCAGGUUCAAAGAGAAGCCGUAAAGAAACAGUUAUCCGAUUCCCUCGAGAAAGUCUCAUCUUUGGAGGCGUCUCACAAACAGCUUUCUGUAAAGUAUGAUGACCUGAAGACACUUAAAGAAAAGCUCCUCAGCGAAAACAAAGAUCUGCUGUCGAGCAAAACCUCCCUGGACAAGGAGAAGUUGUCAACCACUGCAGAAAAAGACAAGUUUUCGCAACAGCUGCAAGAACUUGGCAUCACCUUGGAGAAGAUAAAGGAUGAGAACACCAGUUUCAAGGCCUUGGAAGUGAAGCAUCUAGCUGAAAUUGCAGAACUCCAGAAGGUAAAUGCUGAGAAGCAGGAAGUUCUUCAGAAGUACCAGGAGGAGAUGAAACAGCAGGAUGCCAACAAGAAGCAGCUGUCCCAUGAUCUUGAGAAGGCCUGUAGUGAUCUGGAUAAAAUCAAAGGGGAGCUUGCCAAAAGCCAUGAAGACCUGAAGUCAUUAAAGGAAACUUUAGAGAAAGAACAAAACACAUUUGGAAAAGAAAAGAAAGCCCUAGAUGCAAAGAAUGCAGAACUUAAGUCCAUGGUUCAGUCCCUUACAUCUGAGAAGGAAGACCUUUGUGCCAAUAAUGCCCAGUUGCAGGUUGAAAAAGAUAACCUGAAUAAAGAGAAUAACAAAGUAUCCACACAGUUGAAUGCUGCUGUGUUGGAGAAAGAGGCCCUUGUUGCUGAUAAAGUAGAAUUGCAGAAUAAGUUAAACACUACAAACAAGGAUCUUGAGAAGUCUAUGCGCGACAUUACAGAGUUGGAAGCUUCCAAGAGCAGCCAGAUUAAAAUGCUGGAGGAUAUCAAGAUGAGCAGUGAGGUAACUGACUCUGAGAAACUUAAGUUAUUGCAGGAAAAGGAAGACUUACUUUCCACAUGUAGAAAGGUGUGCUCUGAGAAGGAGGAGCUUGCAAAAGAGAAACUGGAGCUUGAAGAGAAGCUACACCAAACUGCAGAUGAGGUCAAAACUGCAAAUGAGAAGAUCCAACAGGAAACCACAGCCUUUGCUCAAGAAAAGGAGACUCUGUGUCUGAAGGUCUCUGAAAUGGAGAAGUCUCUGCAGUCCCUUCAGAAGGAGAAAACCAGCUUGGAAUCCGCCUUGGGGAAGCAGGAGGCUGAGAAGGAGCAUUUAGAAAAGGAGAAAGAUGAAUUGGUUGAGAAACAUGAAAGGGAAGCCUCUGAGAAAUCAUCUAUUACUGCUGAAAGAAAUCAACUUUCAGAAGAGUUAAGUAAAACAAAGGAUCAUGUUGAUAGAUCCUCCAGGGAAUGUGCUGACUUGGCGAAGGAAAAGGCCAAUCUUGUUGCUGAGUUAGAGGAAACAAAACAAAUGAAACUAGAGGUUGAAGGUCAGAAAACAAGUUUAUUCCAAGAUAAAGUAAACUUAGAAGCACAGUUGCAGAAACUCAACUCUGAGAUCGAUUCACUUAGGAAAGCCAAAGAACAGCUAACUGAUGAGCUUAGUAAAGUGAAUGUUAACAAAGAUCACUUGCAAGAAGAACAUGACCAUCAGAGGGAGGCUCUGUCAAAGGAACGAGAUAUUCUUCUUUCCCAGAAAGCAGAUCUUACUCAGAGUCUAGAGCAGCUUCAGAAGGACAAAGAGAGCCUGAACCAACAAGUUCAAGAGCUUUCCUCUGAGAAAAAGUCUCUCUCAGAAUCAAAACACCUUCUCGAGGCUCAGCAGCAGACCUUGAACAAAGAAAAGAAUGAACUCUGUUCUACCAAGGCUAACCUUGACAAAAAGGUUGGGGAUCUUGAGAAACAGUUAGCCAGUUUAUCUCAAGAGAAAAACACCCUUCAUGAGUCAGAAUCUAAACUUAAGGUUGAAAUAUCUUCUUCCCAAGCUGAAUUUAAAGCACUUACAACAGAAAAACAGAAUCUAAUGAGUCAGUUUGAGCAGCUAAAAAUCGCUCAUGAAAAGGUGCUUGCUGAGAAGCUGAACUUGCAGGAUGAAAAGGCUGAAUUUGAGGCCAAACUACAGGAGUUUAACGAUCAAGCCAUGUCUGGUGCUCAGACUGUAGAUGAAAUGUCUGUCAAUCUCAAGAAAGCCAAAGAAGAGAAAAAUGCUUUGGCUAAAGAGGUGAAAAAUCUUAAGGCUCAGCAAAAACAAAGUGAUCAGGUGAGAUCAGACAUGGCAGUGGAGAAAGAACUCCUCUCUGGUAAAUUGGAAGACCUUCAAAGAGAGGCCACUGCCCUGUCCAAGGAGAGAGCUGACAUACAGUCUUCUCGCUCCAGCCUAGAAAAGGAAGUCUUGUCCCUGCGCCAGACCCAGGCAACCAGUGAGAAGGAACGCUUGGAGCUCCUGGGUAGAUUGGAAGACCUGAAAGUCUCACACGCCCAGCUUGAGGCAGACACCCAGACCCUCCGUGCCUCAGUGGCCAUGUUAGAACAGAAGCAGCGAGCAUCUUCGGAGGAGGCCUCUUCAUCGUCCAAAACCCAGGCCGAGGCGGCAUCCACCCUUGCCAAGGCUGCAGAGAGCGCCGGGCAGACGGCUGAGGCAGUGGAGAGGCUAACCCAGGAGAAGGGCAGUCUGCAGCAGGAGAAAAGCGAGGCCCAGGCCCUAGUAGAGGAGCUCAAGGUUUCCCAGCAGAAGCUGCAGAGUCAGCUGGAGGCAGCGACGCAGCAGAGCUCUUCCCACCAGGAGGAGCUGACCAGGUCCAAAAAGCAGCUGAGCACCGAGAGCCAAAAGAUCAGCAGCCUGUCCAAAGAGAUUGAAGAGCUGAAGACGUCCGCCUCUGAGCAGGCUGGUCGGCUGGAGGCUCUGGAGAAGGAGAAGGCCUCCCUUUCUGAGGAGCUGGCCAGCAAACGGCAGGACAACAGCAGCCAGGGGAAGAAGCUUGAAGAGCAGUGUGCCACUCUCAGCAAGCAAGUCAAGGAGAUGAAGAAGAGGGAGGGUACACAGAAGAAGCAAUCGCAGGAGGAGAAAGCCUCGCUCCAACAAUCAGUCCAAAAAAGCAGUGCCUUGAUCACAGAGCGGGACAAGGAGCUGGUGAAGCUGAGAGACGAGGUCUCAGAACUGCAAAGGGAGAGUGCGGCAGCUAAGUUGCUGCAGGUGGCCGUCCAGAUGCUGGAGACUGAGAAGUCUCGGCUGCAGGAGCGCAUCUCCAGCCUGGAGAAGAGCCGGACAGCAGCGCCAGCCACAGCAGCCGUAACCACGGACACCAGCCCAGGUGACUCUGCUAUGGACCAGCUGAGCGAGGAGAAGGAAAUGUCCGAUAGUCAGGUACACAGAAUUCUUCCCAAUGUCGCAAUAGUAAUCGGUCAUUAGGUAGAGGUAUAUGUUACUUAAAUUACUUUGAAAAGAAUUGUACGUGUCUUGUAUCCAGUUGUACUUUUUUUUUUCUUCCUCUCUGUCUGUUACAUGUCAUAGUAAGUGUAGCUUCAUGAAGGAUCAAUAUGGUUCAUAUGUGCACUUCCUGAGUACUUGUCAAACAUAUUUCUGUGACUCUAAAAAUGUAUCUGCUUUGCUUGACUUGCAAUGAAUCCUUAUGAAGCUACACUUAAAUAUAAGCCAAGAGCCAGACAUCGUUGUUCACAUAUUUCUGUCAAGCCAUACCAUACAAAAGCUGGGCAUAGACACAUUCCAGAUGCUGCCAAUCAGUAUGUUUGUUAGAUCAUGAUGUAGGUUCGCCCAAAGCCCAGUAUCAUGGGUAUAACAUUCAACCUUUGAUUGAUAUCAUAUGGCCUACUGAACUUACCUAUUGACUUAAUUGCCUAAAGAUAAGAGAAAAGUGAAAAAAAAAAAAUUUGUAGAUCACUUCCCCUAAACCUGUGUGACAUAACGUGUUUGUAGACUGCAUAAACUGAAAAUUAGACAUUAACGCCUGAAAGUAUUUGAAAGCCUGUAAGUGUAUGUGACUUAUUUGGCAUGUGCAUAUUACUCAAGUGU